CGUGGCCAACAGCUUCUGCCCAAGCACUGUGCCUCCACUGUCAGCAAAGCCAAGAGCAAGAAGAGCCAGAAGCAGCCAUCCAAGAAGGGAGAAGCUGAGAGGGACAAGCCAGGGGCUGAGAGCCAGAGGAGGGACCGGACCCUGACCACCAACAUGGACAAGCUCCACCUGACCCUGGCUGAGCUGUCCCUGAGCCUCAACCACGUGCCCAACCUCAGCGUCUUCGAGCACACGGUGACACCGGCUGAGUACCUCAGCAGCCACCUGGAGACACGGCUCAGCAAAGCCAUCGUGGCCAUGGCAGGUUACAGCCAGACCACACAGGAGGUUGCCAGGCCCUCGGAGGUGCUGGUGGGGCUCAGCGCCUACAUGGGCUUCAUCCAGUCCCUGGGGCAGCUGCUGGGGCUGGACACGGGGCGAAUCCUGCGCAGCGUCCUCCUGCAGCAGACACAGCCCCGAGAUGCCACCGGCCACCAAACCCUCACCACCAUCUACACCAACUGGUACCUGGAGGCCUUGCUGAGACAGGCCAGCACAGGAGCCAUCAUCCUGGCUCCAGCCCUUCAAGCCUUCACCACGGUGCCACGGGAGGGGGAACCCACCUUCAGUGCUGCUGAGUUCACUGAUGUCUCAGAGAUGAGGGCACUGGCUGAGCUCAUCGGGCCCUAUGGCAUGAAGUUCCUGAGCGACAACCUCAUGUGGCACGUGGGCUCACAGGUCACUGAGCUCAAGAAACUGGUCAACGAGAACAUGGACACUCUGGUCCAGCUGCGCUCCAGUGCCAGCAAACCUGAGCAGAUGGUGGCUCUGCUGCCCAGGUUGACAUCUGCUGAAAACCUCCUGAAGCGCAUGACCAUCAUCGGGGAGAUCCUGAGCUUCCGUGCCAUGGCCCAGCAGGGCCUGAGGGAGGUCUUCUCCUCCCACUGCCCCUUCCUGAUGGGCCCCAUCGAGUGUCUGACCGACGCCGUCACCCCCGACACCGACAUCCAGGUCACCCUGAGCAUCUUUGAGUUGGCCUCAGCCGCAGGGAUCCCCUGCGAGGUCGACCCCGCGCUGGUCAACGUCCUGGCUGGUGGCAAAACAGAUGGUUCAUCCCCAGAGGAGGAUUACAAGGUGGCUUGCUUGCUCCUGGUCUUCGUAGCCGUCUCCCUGCCCUUGUUGGCCUCUGACCCAGCGUCCAUCUACAACACUGAGGUGGAGGGCUACAGCAACAACAUCCACUGCCUGGCCAAGGCCAUCAUCCACGUGUCAGCCGCCCUCUUCACCGUCCACAACAAGAACAUCGAGACCCACCUCAAGGAAUUCCUGCUGCUGGCUUCCAUCAGCCUCCUGCAGCUGGGCCAGGAGACGGACAAGCUGAGGGCCAGGAACAGGGACUCUGUCUCCCUGCUCAUGCAGCUGAUCGUGGCUGAAUCGUCCUUCCUGACCGUGGACAUGCUGGAGAGCUGCUUCCCCUACGUGCUGCUCCGCAACGCCUACCGCGAGGUGUGCAGGGACAACCUCCUCAGCAGGGUCCCCUCGCACUGACCAGCCCCCCCCAGCCCCCUCCCCAACCUCCAACCGCUCCCAAACCCCAUCCCCACCCCCAAACCCUCCCCCCACUGCCCGGUGCCACCGCCACGUCCCCAACUGUCCCCAGAGCCACCUUCAUUAAAGCCACUUUCCCCCCCUCCUCCUCUCCCUCCCGCAUCUGCAGCAUCAUCCCAGCCGGGGUGCUCUCAGCCUCAGCACCCCAAAGUGGGUGCUCAGCACCAUCUCUCCAGUAGAAAUUGCCCCCCCACUUUAGGGGUGUUUUGGGGGUGCAGGAAGGUUGUGACACAAAGGCACCGGAGCUCUCCCCGCAGCUUGCUUGUGGUGCUGAUGCUCCCCAACCAGCCCCGUGCCUCAGUUUCCCCUCGGCUGCCCAAGUCACGUUUCUUCCCCCCCUCUCCUUUUCUUUCCCCUCCUCUCUGGGUGUUUAUUUUUCCUCUCGUGCAGCAUCUUGGGGGAAAAUUAAUGGGGCGAGGGAAGGAGGCGUCAGGGCAGCCGUUGCCAUUCAGCUCACGGCCGGCAGCUCCGGGAUGAGUCACCGGCCGUGGCGGGAGUGGGGAGGGGGAGGGACGGUGACCACCGUGGCUGUGAGCCCCCCCCUUCAUCCCCAGAGACCCCCCUUCAUCCCCAGAGCCCCCCUUCAUCCCCAGAGACCCCCCUUCACCCCCAGAGACCCCUCUUCAUCCCCUCUUCACCCCCAGAGCCCCCUCUUCACCCCCAGAGACCACUCCUUCACCCCCAGAGCCCCCUCUUCAUCCCCUCUUCACCCCCAGAAACCACCCCUUCACCUCCAGAGCCCCCUCUUCAUCCCUAGAGCCUCCCCUCAUCCUCCCCUUCACCCCCAGAGACCCCCUUCACCCCCAGAGCCCCUCUUCACCACCUCUUCACCCCCAGAGCCCCCCCUUCAUCCCCAGAGCCCCCCAUCAUCCCCAUCACCCCCUUUCACCCCCAGAGCUUCCCCUUCAUCCCCAGAGCCCCCCAUUCAUCCUUAG